AUGGCUCGCCCACCGUUCAAAGUCAAAGCCAUCUACAACUACGAUUCUGCUCACGAAGACGACCUUGGCUUUCCAGAAGGGCAGGUAAUAACCGUGACUGAAGAAGAGGACGCCGAUUGGUAUGUGGGGGAGUACACAGACUCAUCGGGUACGAAGCAACAUGGCCUUUUCCCUAAGAACUUCGUGGAGCGCUAUGAACCAGCACCACCUCCACGGCCUGUAAGGACCGCACGGCCCAAACAGCCUGAGCCUGCCGCCGCACCACCAGAGGAAGAGACAGAGCGGGCGCCCCCGCAACCGGCAGCUCGAGUUGACGAGACCGAUCGGAUAUUGCGAAAGCCAGCUCCUCCACCAGCUGAGGCCCCGACAGGCGCUAAGGAGCAAGUCUUGCCCUCUUCUCCGCCUUCAUUCCCAGUGCCCAAAGCUGCCGAGCCAAAGCCAGAACCUCCGCUCGCCUCGGAGCCAGCUCCGGCUCCAACCGCCGGCAAGGCACCCCCACCUGCAGUAGCGGAGAAGCCGAGUUCGUUCAGAGACCGCAUAGCAGCUUUCAACAAGCCGACUGCAGCCCCGAUAGCUCCCUUUAAACCUACAGGUGCACCAGGUGGCUUUAUCAAGAAACCAUUCGUGGCACCUCCGCCAAGCCGCGAUGCUUAUGUACCUCCUCCACGCGAGCCGGUGCCGCAGAAAGUGUACAAGAGGGAGGAAGACCCAGAAAUCGCGGAGCGCCAGGCACAGAACCAAGAAGAUGCUGAGAAGGCCGGUCUUGUGUCCACUGAAGCAGCCUCAGAGGAUGCGGAAGCGGCUCCAAAGCCGCAAAGUCUGAAGGAGAGGAUAGCCCUGCUACAGAAACAGCAGAUGGAAGCGGCUGCGCGUCAUGCCGAAGCGGGUAAUAAGGAGAAGCCUAAGAGACCUCCCAAAAAGCGGACUGAAUCUCACGAGCCGGUUCAAGCGCAUGAGGCGGAAGGCUCGGACACAGAAUCGCUGAACACAACGGAGCAGAUAUCAAGAAAGUCAACGGACUUGACACGUGAUGCAGGACAUGCACCUCCAGUGCGAAGACAGUCUCGCGGUCCAAGAUCUCCAGCCGCCGUGCCGCAUGAUCGUGAGCUCUUUAGCGACGGAAACGACGCAGAUCAAUCAGCUGCGGGCGAAACAACCGAAGAAGCUGAGGGUAGCUCUACUAGCGUUGAGAACGAUGAAGAGAAGUCCAAACUCCCAAAGGCACCAGGAGCAUUCCCCAAAGAACCGGACGUGGGCACCGAAGAGGACACGGUAGAGGAUGAUGAAGAGGAAGAGGAUGACAUGGAUGCUGAGACCCGACGGCGGAUGGAGCUAAGGGAGCGGAUGGCUAAGAUGAGUGGCGGAAUGGGUAUGGCUGGCAUGUUCGGCCCUCCUGGAGGUAUGCCUAUGCCAGGAGCUCCAGUUCCUAAGAAACGAAAACCAGCAGCGAGCAGCACCGGAAUGUCCGCUGAGGAGCCGGAAGCGUCACCGGUACAGUCGCCUCCUCAGCGCAUGCCCAUGAUUCCAAUACCCGGCAUGCCGCAUAGGGAGCACGUGAAGAGCCCUGACUCGGACACCGAGUUAGCUGUUGAGAAGGAGCCUGAACCGGCGCCGCCUAUUACCAGCCAGCGACACGCAGACGAGGUGCCUGAUGUCGAGGAUAUCAAACCUGAAGUCCCACCACUUAGACAACCGGAAGAGCGAGCGGCCCCGCCACCGCCACCAUCUCAAGGUCGUGCCAUUCCUCCUCCGAUACCCAGUGAUCGACCUGUCCCAGCGCCACCGCAAGCCCGUCCUGUGCCACCUCCCCCUACAGCGCCGAGAUCACCAACCCCCGGCUCAGAGUCUGAUGACGACCUGCCGGGAAGCACUACUGAGCUUCCAGUCAGAGGGACUGCUCCAGCCGUGCCCAGUGCGAGAAACUCGCGACUCCUGAACGAUGCAGAUGACACUCCAUCGAUGCAGUCUCCGGAUAAGCGUACAUCUUUCCUGGCCUUUGACCCUGCGUCACCAUCUUCCCCAACAAUGUCAAGCCCGACAGAGAAACGAUCGAGUCGCAUACCACCAAUACCCGUCGCCAGUCCAGAUCUGGCACCUACAGCAUACCCGCGGCCUCCACCUCCACCACCACCUACUGCGGCACCGCCAAGCCGUCAGCCGACUAUGGAGUCAGUGCCUAGACGUAUGUCUACGGAAGGAGAUGAGGGAGAGACCGAGUAUGAGGGCGACUACGACACUGACAUUGCUCCGGGUGCCACGCACAAAGACGCAUUGAAGUCUCAUGCACGCGAAUCGAGUCUGGACGACAGUGUAACUGCAGAUGAUAGAUCUUUCCGCUCGCCACCUAUGCCACCCUCCGGCUUCGCUCCGCCUGUUCCACCUGCUGCGGCUCCUCGGGCAGUACCUCCCCCUCCACCGCAGCAGCCACCUAAAGAUAGGAGAUCGAUGGAUGUGCCGAGAGGCCUGCCGCCACCUAUACCGCCUCCUCGAGAGCAAGCCGCGCAGCCUGGUGAAUACGAAUAUGACCCGUACAAGUACAGCAGCCCGACAACACGCGCUCCCCCACCUGCCCCAGGCAUGCCGCCACCUGCGCCUGCACCUGUGCCAGAGUCUCAGGAAUAUUCAGACGAUGAUGAAGACUUGUACUCCGCUCCGCCUCCACGAAAAUCUGCCGAGCGGCCACCGCCGUUGCCGCCUCAAGCCCCUCCGCAACGAGAUCGACCAGUGCCACCUCCACCGGUACAAACGCUAGCAACGCCUCAACUGCCACCGCCUGGACCACCCACUCCCACUCACGCUCCGGCCAACCGCAAAUCACUUGAUGUUGAACGACAGCUCGCAAACGCGGGUCGAAGAUCAAUGGACCAACCCCGCCCUUCCGCCGAGCACGGCUACAUCGCAAGCGACAUCGACCUAGGUACCAGCAGUCAGUGGUGGGCGUACCAGAACACCCCGCCCCCCAUCUUCCAGAACCGCCCAGACAUUCUCUUCGAAAUCGAAGAAACCACCAACACAAAGCGCGGGGGCAAAACCACAAUCUCCAAAGACGUCUACGUCCUCUACCCCGACUAUUCGCAGACCGUCAUAACAGCGCGCUUCGACCCCCGCGACGUCGGAGACGUGGUCCUAGAGCAGCGCCACGAGCCGCCUCCCGCGCGCCUGCGCCAGGACCAGCUCGAAGCCGCACACGCCCGCUUUGGCCAGCGGAUCUCAGACAGCGCGAACUCGAAACACAACACCGUCGUCGGGGACGGCUCGCCGGCAGCCUUAGUACUAGAACUCAUCCGCCCGCUCCCGUCCGCGCUUCUACCCGUCGGCACGCGCGCAUACGGCGCGCUCGUGUACGCAAACAUCGCGAACGCGAGCGUGCAGCAGUUCGACGAGAUCAGGCCGGGCGACAUCAUCACCUUCCGCAAUGCGAAGUUCCAGGGCAAGCACGGGCCUGUGCACACGAAGUAUAGCGUUGAUGUUGGCAAGCCGGAUCAUGUGGGCGUGGUGGUGGAUUGGGAUGGGACGAAGAAGAAGGUCAGGGCUUGGGAGCAGGGGAGGGAGAAUAAGAAGGUUAAGAUGGAGAGCUUCAAGGUGGGGGAUUUGAAGAGUGGGGAGGUGAGGGUUUGGAGGGUUAUGGGGAGGAGUUGGGUUGGGUGGGAGGAUGGUAAUUAG